AGAAAAGGACCAAAUCCAAAUGGCCAACAAGAUAAACGGAUAAAACAGCAUAAUUAGAAAGCAAAGGCACCGACUAACUUGCCCAAUCAAUUUGCUUCAAAUCACCGGUCCCCAAAUAUCAUCAUUUCCUGCGUCUGACGGUUCCAGAAGUCGGAGAGGAGCUCUUCCAAAAGCCAUUUCAACAAAACCUCUCCUCAACUCUCCUUUUGUUCAUCGAAGAUUUCAAUCCGGUUCCCUCUCCCAAUCAACUUCCAGCGCUCGUUCAACAUAUACCGGAACCUUGCGCACCAGCCGGCGGCCGCUACAACCCACCCCUCACAGCCUCUUUCCGUCGCUCAACUCAGCCCUUGCAAUCGGUAGUCAGUGGCGCAACUCGCAAGCAGUGCAAUCGGUAGUCAGUUGCGCAGCUCGCAAGCAGCAAGCUCGUCGCCGCCGUCUCACACCCUGAGGUUUCUGCAAAUUUAUUAAUAGGUUCAUUUGAAAUCUGUUGCUUGUUUAAAUUUCAUAAUACAGAUCGUUGAAUAUAUUCUGCUGGAAAAAUGCACCCUCCUCUGACUUUACACAGGCAUCCAAUGUGUGCUGAAAUCAUCGAGGAGUUCCAAAAGUGUCAUUUAGAGCAUCCAAUAGCUAAAUUCUUCGGUGAAUGUACAGAAUUAAAGAUAAAGCUCGAUCGCUGUUUCCGACAGGAAAAAGCUUUGAAGAGGAAGGCCAAUUUUGAACAGAGUAAGAAACUGAAAGAAAGACUUCAGGCGUUAAGGAAGGAAACUGCUGAAAGCGAUUCAUGAAUCUGUUUUACAAUGCUCUGGUUGGUUGGGCCACAGGAAGCGGCUUGAUUCAUCUCUUCAAGAUUUGGAAGAGAAACAACACAGCAAGAGAGAAGCGAUAUUGAAGGUGUAGCAGAGGAUUCAAUCUCUUCAAGCUGGAAAAGCCAAGGCUUAGCACUUCUUCAAGUGGAAUGUUAUUUAAUGUUGCAUUCCAUGGUCGUUUAUCUUAGUCGGGAUUUGAAUUUGGUGUUAUUGAAACAGGGUUUUGUAGCUACCUUGUGUACUAGCUUCUUUAACAAUUAUUAGAUGUUUUGUAGCUUCUUUUAUUUUAAUUGGCCGAUUUAAUAUAAAUCAGAUAAGCUUUGAGGUUGA